CAGGCUCCGCCCAGUGCUCCUGGCUAAAGGACGGAGAACGCCGCCCCGGAGCCUGUGGGUUCCCGCGCGUCCUGAGACUCUGAGGCCUCGCACGCUCGCGACCCCAUAGCAUGGCCGUCAAGAAGAUCGCGAUCUUCGGCGCCACCGGCAACACCGGGCAAACCACCCUGGCGCAGGCGGUGCAAGCAGGUUACGAAGUCACUGUGCUGGUGCGCGACCCCUCCAGGCUGCCGAAGGAGGGGCCCAAGCCAGCCCAUGUGGUGGUGGGUGACGUCCUGCAGGCAGCCGACGUGGACAAGACCGUGGCCGGCCAGGAUGCUGUCAUUGUGCUGCUGGGCACUGGCAAUGACCUCAGUCCCACCACUGUGAUGUCCGAGGGCACCCGGAACAUUGUAGCAGCCAUGAAGGCUCACGGCGUGGACAAGGUCGUGGCCUGCACAUCGGCCUUCCUGCUGUGGGACCCGGCCAAGGUGCCUCCAAGACUGCAGGACGUGACCGAUGACCACAUCCGGAUGCACAAGGUGCUGCAGGAGUCUGGGCUGAAGUACGUGGCGGUGAUGCCACCACACAUCGGCAUCGCCCAAGAAGAAAGAUGCUUACAAAAAACCAUUACCACAGGGACCACUGUUGUGGCGCACCCAGUUAAGCCGCUACCUGCGACACCGGCACCCCAUAUCAGAGUGCCGGUUUGAGCCCUGGCUGCUCCUAUUCAGAUCCAGCACCUGCUUAGGUGCCUGGGAAGGCAGCGGAAGAUGGCCCAAGUGCUUGGGCCUCUGUCACCCACAUGGGAGACCCCGAUGGAGUUCCUGGCUCCUGAUUUCAGCCUGGCUCAGCCCUGGGCCUUUUGGGGGCUAAACCAAUGGAUGGAAGAUCUGCCUCUCUCUCCUUCUCUCUUUCUCUCUGCCUUUCCAAUGGAUAAAAUAAAUCAUUUAAAAAAAUUACCUAGUUACAACUAA